AUGAUGAAAAUCAGCGUUGUUGUUCCUAUUCUCCUUGUGUUGUUGAGUUCAGUUGAAUCUGCUCGUCGUUGCAAAGUUGCUGAAUCUAUAAAACCGAGAGACGGCGUUUACUCACAGAAUACAGAAAAAAGAUUGUUGAAAAGCAGAAAUCUGAAAAUUAUACCAAUAUAUGAUGUUGAACUUCAGAGGAGUAAAGCAUUCCCAAAAAUAAAGAACGCAAUUGAGAGUGCUUCCAGUUAUUGGGAGAGAGCACUGGUUGUCAAUGUAGAUAAACAAGAAUCGUUACUCGUUCGUAGAGAAUGUGUAAAUAAUAGAUUGAUAAUUCCUGGAAAAGAGAAACAAACAUACUGUGAUAUGGGUGGAUGUGAACAAACUCAAGAAUGUUAUGAAUUUAAAAUUCCUAAUGAUUAUCUAUCUGCAUGCUAUCAACAAAAAUCUAACAAAAAUGUCCUGGUUUUUCCUGAAGGGAAAGGAAUAGCUCCAAAUGAAUUGGUACUAUUUGUGAAAAAUGUAUAUUUUGGUGUCUGUGAUGAAUAUGUAGUUGCAUGGGCUUCAUUUUGUGACAGAGAUCCAACCAAUGGAAGGCCAUUUGUGGGUAUUGUGAACUUUUGCCCAUCAGUGGACGAUAUUCUCAAAACGGAAGAUUAUGAUCUAAUUUUAACAGCCAAACAUGAAUUAGGUCAUGUAUUGGGAUUCCAUGGUGAUAUCUUUUCUUCCUUACCGCGUUUAAAACCUGAAUUUCGAUUAUCCAAUAAUGAUCCAAGUCCUAUUCAAAAUAUUACCAUAAAAUGGAAAUCAGCUAGAGGGGUCUUCAAUAUACAAAAAACGAUAAUGAGAUUACCAAAUAUGAUUUCUGAAGCACAAAAGCAUUUUGGUUGCAACGAAAUUCCAGGAAUCCAGUUAGAUUCUAACCAUUUAAGUCACAGAGUUAUGGGUAAUGAUAUCUUGACGCCUAAUAGACUAGAGUCAAACCUGGUUUCCAGAAUACUUCUGGCUUACUUUAAGGAUACAAACAUGUAUGAUGUCGACUAUUCCAUGGCCGAUGAUUUCAAAUGGGGGAAAGGAUUAGGUUGUGAUUUCGUAAUGAAGAGCUGUUAUGAAUUCAUUCAGAAAAAGAAGAUGUUGAAACAAGAUAUUCAGCCGUUCUGUGAUACUCCAUGGGAAAAAAGAUGUAUAAAUUAUGACAGAGCAAUAGGUCGAUGUUCACUGUUUGAUUCGGAAACUGAGCUGCCGUUGCACUUUCAGUAUGCCGAUAAUUCUUUUAAUGUACCUCGUGAUAAACAAACGUAUUAUUCAGGUCCCGAUAUAUAUGAUUACUGUCCUGUCUAUGAAAUGUUCAAACUAUACAAUGGUCGAACAUCAGCAUGCAGAUUCAAUCUGAACCUAAAAUCAGAUCUAAUAAAUAAUGAAUAUCUAGAAGAUAUGGGUCCAGAUUCAACCUGCUUUGAUCACGAAAAGAUCUUGAGAAAAAACAAAACAACAAAUGAAGCUUAUCCUAGAACAUCAUCAUGUCAUAAAUAUAAAUGUUCAAAAAAUGCUGAUCUUCAAGUGAUUAUAAAUGGAAAGAGUUUCCCAUGUCGCGCUGGCGAUCGAUCUGCUCAUUUGAAGUUGGAAGUACAAAAUGUUGAAUUGUCCACGGAUAUACAUUGUCCUCCAUGUCAAUCUGUCUGCAAUGAAAGUUGUCCACGAUAAAAGAAUACGGAAAAGGAAAUAUCCAACAUCUUUCAACUGUCCGCUGAUCAACUAUGUCAAAUAUAAAGGAUUUUGAAUACUCAUUUAGAACUUUUAAAAUUAACUCAUAAGUCAUCUGAUCACUUUUUUAUUUAAA